AUGAAAGGAAGAGUAAUAAUCUUGGCCUUACUGGCUUUGAUGUGCUGCAUCAACACUGGAUUGGCACACAAACAAUCAUACUACACACAGAGCAGACCAUAUGUUCACAAGCAGAAGCAAGUCACCAACCUCCACUUCUACUUCCACGAGACUAGCAAUGUCAAAAACGCCACUGCAGUCAUCAUGGUCAAACCCGCCACCAACGACACCUUCCUAGGAAGUGAUCGGGAAGGCAUAGGGAAUAGAAAGUUUAAUGGGAGCUCUAUUAAUGUAUUGUCGAGGAAUUCGAUUUUGGACCUGGAACGUGAUCUUGCGGUAGUUGGAGGUACAGGGAAAUUCAGGAUGGCUAAAGGGGUUGCCAUGGUUAAGACCUAUUUUGGGAAGCCUAAUGUUGCUGACAUUGUUGAGUAUAACAUCAAAUUGGUUCAUUAUUAA